AUGUCUCGGUGCUUUCCGUACCCUCCGCCGGGGUAUACACUGAGCGGAGCCAGGAAUGAGGCCCUGAUCGAAUCGAUUAAGCUCCAAAAGGAAAAAGAGAAGGAGAGGAAAGAGAAGAAAGAGAGAAGGAAGGAGAAGAAGGAGAAAAGGAAGGAGAGGAAAGAGAGAAGGAAAGAGAAGAAACACAAGACAAUUCAGAAUGUGGGGGAGUCAGAUGUCCAGAAGCUUCAUGUUACCAAAGACAAGUCUGGUAUUCCGAAGGAUGAUCUUGGGCAAAAGAGCUCUUCUGAUUUACUUCAGAAGAAAAGAGAAACUGAAAAUAAUCAGUUAGAACAAAGCAGUCUCACGGAGGAACAUGCACGCCCGGUUACUUUGUAUGUUCCAAGCUCUUCUUCUGAAAGCACAGAGAACAGCAAAAAAAGGAAGAGGCUCUCUCCACCUGAAGAUGAUACUUGUAGUAAUGGCCAAGUCAUCCUGAUACGUUUGCCCUCAACGAAGCAGAAUGAGCUUGACGCUUUAGUCAAGGAACAACAGCAGCCAUGCUCGACAUCCGGAAGGAUAGACUCUCCUUCCAAAAUUGAUCAUGUGAAAGAUUGGCCAGAAAGCUUUCCAAACGGGACCAGAAGUAAUGGCCGUGACCUCAAUGCCAAAAAUGGGGGUGAAAAUGUCUGUUUGACUUCCCUACAGAAGUGUGAUAAAAUUGGACAUAAAGCUAAGCCAGAAUCAGUUUUGAGUUCCAUGCAAAAGAUGGAUAUGCAGUACCAAAAUCUGUUCAAGAACCUUCUCCCGCCACAGGUUGAAGAAACAUGGCUUUGUUCGGACAGUUUGGAUUGGCUUCUCGAGGGCAAUAAUCAACGAGGUCAAGAACUACGAGCUGAGAAGAAGCCGUGUUAUGAAAAUGUGAGCCUAUCCUGCUCAAGAAGCUCUGUAUCGUGGCCACGUGUGGAGUACUUGCCUGAAGUGGAUGUUUAUGCUCUGCCUUUCACGGUGCCUUAUUGA